AUGGGCAUGAAACACUCCUCCCGCUGCCUGCUCCUAAGGAGGAAAAUGGCGGAGAACGCUGCCGAGAACGCCGAGGUGAGCAGUACCCCCUCUCAGCCCCCUCAGCCUGUGGUCCCAUCCAAGCCUGUGCAAUGUGUCCAUCAUGUGUCCACUCAACCCAGCUGUCCAGGACGGGGCAAGAUGUCCAAGCUGCUGAACCCAGAGGAGAUGACCUCAAGAGAUUAUUACUUCGAUUCCUAUGCCCACUUUGGGAUCCACGAGGAAAUGCUGAAGGACGAGGUGCGCACGCUCACUUACCGGAACUCCAUGUACCACAACAAGCACGUGUUCAAGGACAAAGUGGUGCUGGACGUCGGGAGUGGUACCGGGAUCCUUUCCAUGUUUGCUGCCAAAGCAGGGGCCAAGAAGGUGUUUGGGAUUGAAUGCUCCAGUAUUUCUGACUACUCAGAGAAGAUCAUUAAGGCCAACCACUUGGACAACAUCAUCACCAUAUUUAAGGGGAAAGUGGAAGAGGUGGAGCUGCCUGUGGAGAAGGUAGACAUCAUCAUCAGCGAGUGGAUGGGCUACUGUCUCUUCUAUGAGUCAAUGCUCAACACGGUCAUCUUUGCCAGGGACAAGUGGCUGAAACCUGGAGGGCUUAUGUUUCCAGACCGGGCAGCUUUGUACGUGGUAGCAAUUGAAGACAGACAGUACAAGGACUUCAAAAUCCACUGGUGGGAGAAUGUCUAUGGCUUUGACAUGAGCUGCAUCCGGGACGUUGCCAUGAAGGAGCCCCUGGUGGACAUCGUGGACCCAAAGCAAGUGGUGACCAAUGCCUGUUUAAUAAAGGAGGUGGACAUUUACACAGUCAAGACCGAAGAGCUGUCGUUCACGUCUGCCUUCUGCCUGCAGAUCCAGCGCAAUGACUACAUCCACGCCCUGGUCACCUAUUUUAAUAUUGAAUUUACCAAGUGCCACAAGAAAAUGGGGUUUUCCACAGCCCCUGAUGCCCCCUACACCCACUGGAAGCAGACCGUCUUCUACCUGGAAGAUUACCUCACCGUCCGGAGGGGGGAAGAGCUCUAUGGGUCCAUCUCCAUGAAGCCAAAUGCCAAAAAUGUGCGAGACCUCGAUUUCACAGUAGACUUGGAUUUCAAGGGACAGCUGUGUGAAACAUCUGUAUCUAAUGACUACAAAAUGCGUUAGCACACGGGGGAAGCUGCAGAGAGCGAGCGAGAAAAACUCACCUCGAUCUGCGGCACGGUGACGAGAAUACUGUUUGCAGGACUACACUCUCGAAAACCAGAGUUUUAAAUUCUGCCUUGAAGAUUGGGGAACUCGCCAGGGCUCAGGUGGCCCUGACACUGGACAGAUGACCUCCAGCUGCUCAGCUCUGCUCUGUGAGCCCUUCACAAUGUCUUUGCUGUCGCUGACCACGAGCGACCUCCAGUGCCGCGGCUGGG